CUGAAUGCCCCCGGCCCCGGCUCCUCCGACGCGAUGGGGAAGGUGCUAUCCAAGAUCUUCGGGAACAAGGAAAUGCGGAUCCUCAUGCUGGGCCUGGACGCGGCCGGCAAGACGACAAUCCUGUACAAGUUGAAGCUGGGCCAGUCGGUGACCACCAUCCCCACCGUGGGGUUCAACGUGGAGACGGUGACUUACAAAAACGUCAAGUUCAACGUGUGGGAUGUGGGCGGCCAGGACAAGAUCCGGCCGCUCUGGCGGCAUUACUACACCGGGACCCAGGGCCUGAUCUUCGUGGUGGACUGUGCCGACCGCGACCGCAUCGACGAGGCCCGCCAGGAGCUGCACCGCAUCAUCAAUGACCGGGAGAUGAGGGACGCCAUCAUCCUCAUCUUCGCCAACAAGCAGGACCUGCCCGAUGCCAUGAAGCCCCACGAGAUCCAGGAGAAACUGGGCCUGACCCGGAUUCGGGACAGGAACUGGUAUGUGCAGCCCUCCUGUGCCACCUCGGGGGACGGACUCUACGAGGGGCUCACAUGGUUAACCUCUAACUACAAAUCCUAAUGAGCCUUCUCCACCCAUCCCCCCGGAAGGAGAGAAAUCAGACACCCAUUCAUAGGAUUAUCGCCACCAUCACCUCUUCCAAUUGCCACUUUCUCUUGAAUUUGAACUCGAGUUACUGUUCUACAGUUGGGGGUUCGGGGCGGGGGGGCGGUUAGGGAGUUUCCUUUUUGUUCCUUUUCUUUUUUUUUUUUUGCUUUGCGUUUAGGAUGCUCUGAUCUGACAUUUGACAUGAACACAAAGUGCUAGAGGCUCUUGUUAACUUCCAGCAAAUGGGAUGGGGAAAAUAUAGCAGUUCUUGGUACAAGUCCUUUAUAAUAAUGGUAUGAUUUUUUUAUUUUGAGAGAUUUUUUUUUCCAUUGUAUGCUUUUUUUCCCCCCCUUUUUGCCCAGUUUCCUUACCAUUUGCUGUAGAUGGCUUAUUUUGCAUUAAUGCAGACUAUGUUGCAAGUCUGUUUCAUCUAGUAAACUGAAAAUUAUUGCUUAAUCAAA